ACGUCUUACAGAGAGAUCCUGGCAUUUACUGCAAGGUGAUAGGAAGCAUUAACAUGUAAAUUGCUGGAAACUGCCAGCAGGGGGAGACAAAAACACCCGUAGAAGCAUCAUCCCUGGGGAAGGAAGGAGCAUUAGGGAGACAAGCCACUAUACUGACCCUGACACUACCCAGAGAGAGGGAGAGCUCUCGGGGUCCCAGAGGAAGGACGCAGAAGGAAAGUGAUGCUGAAUGAUCUGCUGCUGUAACAUAGACAUUCCCCAGUGUGUGCUAAUAAGAAAAGGUUGGAGUAAGAAGAUAAGUCCUAAUUCAGAAGGAAAGGGUCCCAGCCCUGGGAGAGCAGAGUCCCGCUGAGUAUCUGAAGCUGCUGCUGCUGCUGCACUGAUUUGUCUCUGGUGUGACCUGUGUAACUAACUGUCAGCUGUGUGGUCAGCUUCCCCACACCUUCACUGAGAGGACCUUCCAAUCUGGCCAAGACUCAUGGUGUGCGACUUCAUGGCAGCUUGGACUUCACACUCCUAGGACUUUGCGUUACCUCUAGGACAGAGUCAUGGAAGUUGUGGAUGAGACAGAGGCUUUACAACGCUUCUUUGAAGGACAUGAUCUUAAUGGAGCUCUGGAACCUUCAAUUGACACAAGUAUCCUAGAGGAAUACAUCAGCAAAGAGGACUCUUCUGAAAUCUGCUUUCCGGAAAUCCCACCUUCUUCCAGCUAUGCAAACUCUGGUCAGUCCUGCAAUACUGCCGCAGUCCACCUUCCUGGCGUCCUUUCCAAUAUAGGCCAUGCAGGACCAUCCAGCUCAGGUGGGGUCCUCCACAUGGGUCAGCAAAUGCCAAUGCGGCCUGCUAUGGGUGGCACAUGUGGAGGGCCACCAUUCCAGUCACAUCUCAACUGCAAUAACAACAGUGCCAUGGUCAAUCCCAAAGGAUACCCUACACCCAGCAUGUGCAUGGGUGGGCCCGGUCUACCCAUCAAAGCGGAACCUAAAACCAGCUAUGCAACUGCCACUUUACCUGACUCUCCCCCAGACUCCGGAUCAGAGGCGUACUCCCCCCAGCAGCUGAAUGAUCCUCAUAUGCUUCGCACUAUGACCCCUGAAAACAUAUGUCACAUCACCCCGCCUUCCCGCCUGGAGCACCCACCUCCAUCUCAUCUACAGGGCCCGCCACCUCCACAUCCCGCACACCAACAGCAUUAUCCCAGCAUGCAACGGGAACUGUACCUGAAAGUAGAGUCCCUGAUGCCACAAUACCCAUCCCUUGGACCCGGUAUUCCCCCUGCAGACCUUCACCAUGUACAGCAGUCUCAGAUGCUCCAUCAGCUCCUACAGCAACAACAUGGCGCAGAGCUCCCGAUGCAUCCUACAAAGAAGCGGAAACACUCAGAUUCUCCCAACUUGAGGGAUCAAGUAACCAAUGGAGGCAUGGUGAAACAGGAGCCGGACCUUUUCCUGAUUUCAUCUUCAGGUCUCAUGCAGGAUAAUGAUAGUCUGAAUGGCUCGUAUUUGGAUCCCAAUUAUCAAUCUAUAAAAUGGCAGCCGCACCAACAGAAUAAGUGGAUCACACUGUAUGACAGCAACUACAAAGAACUCCCGAUGCCCACCUACAAAGUGGAUGCAGACAAAGGAUUUAACUUCUCCGUGGGAGAUGAUGCUUUUGUAUGCCAGAAGAAAAACCACUUUCAAGUCACAGUGUACAUCGGCAUGAUCGGAGAGCCCAAAUAUGUAAAAACCCCUGAAGGCAUCUUACCUUUGGAGUGCUUCUAUCUAAAACUUAAUGGUGUGAAGCUGGAGGCCAUCAAUCAAAGCAUCAGUAUUGAGCAAUCGCAGUCUGACCGCAGCAAGCGCCCAUUUCAUCCAGUCACGAUGUCUCUUCCCCCGGACCAGGUCACUAAAGUGACAGUUGGGCGACUCCAUUUCAGUGAGACUACAGCAAAUAACAUGCGAAAGAAAGGAAAACCCAACCCAGACCAGAGGUAUUUUCUCUUAGUGGUGGCUCUCCAGGCCCAGGCUCAGAAUCAGACAUACCUGGUGGCAGCACAAGCCUCUGAACGCAUCAUAGUCCGGGUAACCGCAAAGGGGCUGGAGAAAGGGGCCUCAAAUCCUGGUCAGUUUGAGAGUGAUAGUGAAGUGCUGUGGCAACGUGGCCAGCUCCCGGACACGGUCUUUCACCAUGGACGUAUUGGCAUUAACACAGAACGGCCAGAUGAGGCUCUUGUGGUACAUGGAAAUGUCAAGAUAAUGGGCUCUCUUAUGCACCCCUCUGACCUUAGAGCUAAGGAGGACAUUGAGGAGGUUGAUACCACGGAACAGUUGAAACGGAUCUCUCAGAUGCGUCUGGUUCAAUAUCAUUAUAAGCCUGAGUUUGCGAGCACGGUGGGGCUUGAUGACUCAGCAGAGACAGGAGUGAUUGCGCAGGAGGUGCAGGAGAUACUUCCUGAGGCUGUAAAAGAGUCGGGGGAUGUUGUGUGUGCCAAUGGAGAAACCAUAGAGAACUUCUUAGUAGUAAACAAGGAGAGGAUAUUCAUGGAGAACGUUGGUGCAGUGAAGGAGCUCUGUAAGCUGACAGACAACUUAGAGAAUCGGAUCGAUGAACUGGAAAGGUGGAGUCGGAAGCUGGCCAAACUGCGAAGGUUUGACAGCAUGAAAAGUACUAACAGUCAUACAGGAAGUCAGUUCAGUCGUGCAGGAAGUAUCCCUUACAAGCAGCGUCCCACCAAAGUAAUUGGCAAGGCAGUGACGCCUCCUACUGAUCAGAGCUGUGUCAGUCAACGAUUUCUUCAGGCGACCAUCAUUGUCCUUGUUAUUAUCAUGGCUUUCAGUGUUAUCUCCAUGACCACUCUUUAUGUGUUGAAUUUGCGCAGUGAAGAUGAUCUGCUGGAUAUGGAUGGUGCUCUUACUUCACCUGGUACCUGUACUCUGACUUUCUUCCGACAGACCCGUCUUACGCUCCCCUUUGCUCUGUGUACAUGCUCAAGUCAGAACUUUGAUACCACGCAGCUGAGAAGCUCCACCACCCCUCCUCUACAGGCCACGGAGAGUUCAGAUUGGUUACACAACCCUAAUCCUUCCAUCACGAUAAACCUGUGUGUGACACCUCCGUGUAAUGCUGUAUGCUGCUCUGGCCCUCAGAGCGCUUCGUCUUCUCCAGCCGUCACCUCUGGAAAAACAUCUUCUCGUGCUGAGACCUCAGUAACAGACAAUGCUUCAUCUGCAACUAUCAGAAAGGCAAAAUCCAGAUUCCUGGACAAGAACCGUAACUACCCGCAAACCGUGCCUCGUCCUGUAAGCCCGCCACCACAGUAUACUCAGAGCAAAAACAAACACAGCCCAAACAGCCUACCUGGGCAGGACCUUCGCAACAGGAGAAGUGUGAAGGAGGAGAGCAUGCCAACUUCUAUCACGAGCAUCACACAUGGGAAUGAAUCUCGUGCAUCUGUCUCUUCCAUCCGGCUUCUGGAGACUGACACGCUCAUAACAGAUCAGAUGUGUGCCUCCCAAGACACCUGCAGUGCAGGAAACUACACAUAUGUACUCCCUCUGAGCAAGUACAGCUCGCUGACCGGCAGUCUUACACUGGAGCUCAACUCCUCUUUACCUGUGUCAGUGAAUUUGUGUGAAACAACUACAGGGAAAAACUGCGAGACACCUGUUACCAGAAAACCUUCGGAGGAUCAGAGCUGCUCUCAGGUCUCUGGAGUGUGUACCCAGCCGGUCCCAUCAUCCUACCAUUUGUGGUCUCUCCAGUUGUUUCCUUCCCAGGAUUUCACCUUUCAUCUGCAAGUGUCACCUCCGGGAACAGCAGGAUGCUAUGAUACGUCUGUGGAUCCUUCACAAGUUACAGACUAUUAUUUCAGUUUUUACCGACUCUGCAACUGACGCGCUUGUUGAACAGCUGGGAAAACCCCCACAUUUCUCCCUCUUUCCACUGGGCGCAGAAAACGUGCCCUCCCAUGCCCCCCAGACUGCAGGCAGCCACGGGGUGACCCAAACCCCUCACUGGAUGUGCAACACUGGACCAAACCAAGCAGCACUGGAAUCAUCUGGGACCGACUGGAAAUCAGAGGGCCAUCACACUGGAGACACAGGGAAUGAUCCCCACGCAAGAAAAAUGGGAUUUCCCCAGUCCAAUAAUGGGGAAUGUAAAGGCUGAGGAUGGUGCAGCUUCUUCCCCAUGCUAAUGAUUUUCUAUAUGUUUAAAUGUUAUGAUUCUGUUACAAACCUUCCUAUUAUUUGUGACCCUCCCAAUCCUUGGUUGAAGUUACCAGGAAGUCAUCUCCUAUUGUUAACCAUCCCUGCAGGCCUGUGUAGCUCAGCAGUCUGAACUUUUAGCUGCUGCCGCUAAGCCGAAGCCUGCAGAAGCCGUAUCACGUUACUGAGAUAUGUUUGUGUUCUAUUGUAUUUUAUGUGAAUCUUUUUUUUUUUCUUGUCUGUUUUGUAUUUAAUUCUCUAACCACAGAAGUGCACUUAAUCUUAACAUGGCAGUGUGGACCAAAAUUGUGCCUUGGAAAAAAAAAAAAAAGGGGGCGGUCAUAAGCACUAGAUGGUGAAUCUGCACGACAAAAACUGGGCACCCGGCGUGCCGGCGCUGUGCAAAAAGGACCCAGACACCAGACCCCCGAUCAGUCUUUCUGACGUCAUUUCUGCUCUUAAUGUUAAAAUCCUGUAAAUAUUGUUUUCUUACAGUAAUUAAGACACUAAUCGCAUUGCAGCAUUUUAACCCUUCCAGUACUGUGGGUCCAGACCUAUAGUAUUAGAAGGGUUAAACUGCCAUUUUAGCUGGACCUAUGAGUUCAAAGCAUUUUUUAUGUUUUUUUUUUUAAUUUCCCAAUUUGUAUUUAUAUUUCCCUUGCUACUCUUCUUGCACUGUUAUCCCCUUCCUCUUACCCUAUUCUUUGGGUCUGAAGUAAAAAAAAAAAAAAAAAUGCUGUCUGCAUAUAAAUACCCACAAUAUAAAUAAUUAUUUGUACUCUGA